UAAAGUAAAACCAAAAAGCAAACAUACACACAAAGAGUGUAAGAGAAGAUUAUUAAAAAAAAAAACAUAGAGUGAGAGAAGAUGGGUAUGAACGAGGAUUUCAACAUGGAUAAUGAAUAUGUUGUAGAUGAUGAUGAUGUUCCACUUCCUGGAUUUAGAUUCCAUCCCACUGAUGAAGAACUUGUUACUUUUUAUCUUAGAAGAAAACUUGACAAGAAACCUAUUGCUAUUGAUCUUAUCAAGCAAAUUGAUAUCUACAAAUAUGAUCCUUGGGAUCUUCCAAAAGUAAAUAUACCAGGAGCAGAGAAGGAAGGUUACUUUUUUUGCCAAAGAGGAAGAAAAUAUAGGAACAGCGUUAGACCAAAUAGAGUGACUGGCUCUGGAUUCUGGAAAGCAACUGGAAUAGACAAAGCAAUAUACUCAAAUGGAGCAGAAGGAAAUGAUUGUGUUGGACUCAAAAAAACACUUGUUUACUAUCGCGGUAGUGCCGGAAAAGGCACCAAAACUGAUUGGAUGAUGCAUGAGUUUCGUCUUCCAUCAAACAUUGAUGCCAAAACAAACAUUUCCUAUCCUAGGAAUGAUGCUGAUUAUGCUCAUGAAGCUGAAAUUUGGACAUUGUGUAGAAUUCUAAAAAGAAAUGUAUCACAAAGGAAACAAAUACCAGAGAUGAAACAAUUAGCCAACAAACUUCAAUCCGUUCAUAACACGAGCACCAGAAUGGACAACAAUAUGGAGUUCAACAUAAAUCAACAAACAUAUAUCAAUUUCGGUGCAAGCCAUGAACAUCAUCACGUUCAUGAGGACAAACCAGUCAAUAACUAUACAAGCAGUGACCAAAGCAAUCAGUUUCAUGGAAGCAAUCAGUUUCAUGAGGAUGCUAAUGAGUUGUUACCAUUUGAUAAUUGGGAUGAGCUUGGAUCAGUUGUGAGGUUUGCUGUUGAUUCACCUAGUUUGUAAAUAGUAUAAUUGUCAUAUGUAGUUAUAUACUUGGCCAUAUGUUUAGAUUAAUAGUUUGGAAAUACAUUAAUCAUCAUAUGCUUGUAUUGUAGAGCUACAAUAUUAUUGAUAUUGUUGCAUGUGUAACUUAGUCUUUUAUAAUACUUGUUGACUUGAUGUGUA